AUGUCUUCGGAGCCUGAAACGACUCAACCCGCUGCUGAUACAAUCGAAAAUAAUGGAAAAUCUAAUUUGUAUGAUUCAAAAGAAGUAAAUAAACAAAACGAUAGUGAAGUCAACGACCAAUACAGCGUGGAUCAUGAGAAAGAUGAAUCUACUAAUGAUCCUGGUAUAUUUCAUCGUCUAACCUCCAGAUUUUUUCGUUUUAAAUCAGUUAAAGUGCAACCUCCACCUCCAGUUUUGCCGACAACAAAUGCUUCUUCAGGAAUGGUUUCUUCUGUUAAUAAGAUUGCUGCAACGACGCUUCCUGAAAGCUCUUCCGCUAAAAAACGUCGCAUUUCAGACGAUGAACUUGAUAAAUCUCUUGGACCUUCAACUUCAAAAAAAGGAGGUGGAUUGUCUUCAUUAGUUGGUUCUUUGGCGAAAAAAGAUAAAAAACAAUCUAUGUUGGCAAAAUCUGCACAGGAUUGGAGGCAAUUUGUACAAGAAGAAAAAUUGGAGGAAGAGUUAGAUACACAUUUGAAGAGUCGAGAUUCUUUUCUUGACAAACAGGUAAGCAAUUCUUAA